CAACUGGCUUUUCCACAUGCGGCUCCGUUUCUGACAGAUGUAUGAAAACAAAUUUUCAGGUUGAACGGUGUUGAACGGGAUAUAAACACUAGAAAAACGAACGAAAUUCUCGUCGUAAUGGCUAAGAGCUUACCAUCUACGAUAGCAAAGCUCACUCAUAACUACAAAAUCCGACAACUCGAUCCGGUUGACAUCGCCAACCAAUGUCUAAACGCUGUUACCCGGCAAAAGAACUUGAAUGCAAUUAUUCGUCCUACACCCGAAAUAGCUCUAGCCAAUUCAAAAGAGUCGUCUGAACGUUACAUAAAUGGCAAAGGCAUCAGAAAAUUGGACGGUGUUCCCAUUGCUGUAAAGGACAAUUUCUGCGUCAAAGGAGAACCAACGUCUUGUGCUUCGAGAAUGUUAGAGGAUUAUCGACCCAACUACGAUGCAACUGUUUAUGAUAGACUGAAAGCGCAAGGUGCAAUUUUACUCGGCAAAACCAAUCUCGAUGAAUUCGGCAUGGGGUCAGGAACAAUCGAUUCAAUUUUCGGUUUCACUCAAAAUUGUUACAGUCAAAAUGGUACACAUAUCGCUGGCGGAAGUUCCGGUGGAUCGGCUGUUAUUGUGGCAUCAGGAGCUUGUUAUGCUGGAAUCGGAUCCGACACUGGUGGUUCAGUUAGGAAUCCUGCAUCAUAUUGCGGCAUUGUUGGCUAUAAACCAACGUAUGGUCUAAUUUCCCGCAAUGGAUUGAUUCCAUUGGUGAAUUCGAUGGACACACCAGCAAUAUUAACGAGAACUAUUGACGAUUGUGUUGCGAUAUUGAAUGCUGUUGCAGGACCUGAUGCAAAAGAUUCCACUACCAUCAAGCGACCUUUUACCAACAUUGUCUUGCCCGACCAGAUUCCGAUCAAGCGUUUCAAAAUUGGAAUACCCAAAGAAUACCAUUGCGAUGGUCUGUCAAAAGAAGUCAUGGAAACGUGGAUGAAAGUAGCUGAUUUAUUAGAAGAAAAUGGAGCACAAGUCGUCGAUGUAUCUCUCCCGAAUACAGCCUCGUCGAUAUUUGUUUACACCAUAUUGAACCAAUGUGAGGUGGCCAGUAAUAUGGCUCGCUAUGAUGGAGUAGAAUUCGGUCAUCGGUCGGAAGACGAUGCUACCGUUAGUACAGAACAAAUGUAUGCGAAAACUCGUCAGGAGGGUUUUAACAGUGUGGUGAAAAAUCGAAUCUUAGCCGGCAAUUACUAUCUGCUGCGUAUGAAUUAUCAAAAAUAUUUCGAGAAAGCGUUGAGAGUUCGGCGGCUAAUAGCACAGGACUUUCAAAAUAUAUUUUUGGGCACGGACGCAGUAGAUGUUGUAUUGACACCGACGACACUGACGGAUGCUCCCAAAUUGGAGGAAUUUGUUAAAAAUAAUAACAGAGACCAAUGCGCCAUCCAAGACUUUUGUACCCAACCAGCAAAUAUGGCAGGCAUCCCCGCAAUCUCGAUUCCAAUUAAAUUGUCAUCGAACCAAUUGCCACUAAGUUUACAAUUGAUGGGCCCUUUUUUAUCAGAUAAGAAUCUUUUCACUGUGGCCAAAUGGAUAGAACAAACGGUUGACUUCAAACAGUUGUUAUGAUAAGCUGUUGUUGGCAUCAGUUUUAGACGUCGUCAAGUAAUUAAACGUAAUUGUUGCUGAUUGA